GGCAUCAAUUUUCUAUGUCAUAUUAUGAAUCACACGAUAAUCGAUAUCAUUCUUCUGAUUUGGGAGCUGACUAUCAUACUACUGGUAUUGAAAUCCAGGGAAACGGCGGCAGUGGACAUCAUUAUAGUGGUUUUAAAAGCAGUGGACAACAUUAUAGUGGUUUUCAAAUUGGAGGCGGUGCAGAAAGCGGACUUUGUAACCAGUAUAAUGCGAGCCAUGAACCUACUCCACCACAACGUCCGAUGGCCCCUAUUGAUCCUGGUUUGGUGGCAGUGUAUCACCUGGAAGGGUACGAGUGGGCACUUGGUUUAAUAAAUGCCAGCGACGACACACUAUUGUUGUGUAAUUCGGGGUCGCAAGCCUACCUGAAGCUUUCCAAAGAUGUUGAUCCACCUAAACGUGAUAAAGGAGACUAUGAGUGUUGGCCGGGGGCUUUAACAUAUCCGAAGAAGGAGAAAAUACUAUGCGUGUACCUGACCCGCUGCUUCGCCGCGCGCAACUUCACCGUCUCUGAAUACCAAGCUAGUUCCUGCUUCGCGGGUAGCAGGUACAUGUAUGCUGGUGUUUGUUGUCAAGAAAGCGAAAUCGACAAAAAACCUUAACUUUUGCUACGAUGCUGCCGAGUUAAUAAUAACUUGUUACUUCCAUCCCUACGUGUGUCAAAAUAGAGGAGUUCAGUUAUACAGACAUUAGUAAAGAUGUACUUACAUUUGCAGUAACUCAUUUGUUUCGUUCUUUCCGUGUUACUUUCAUACCUGGUAUCCCCUAAAUUUCCCGUGAAACAUUAUGGAAAGUUAGGUAAAAUACGGAAGCAUAA